AUGGAUCCCGCGCAAGUUCCAAACCUCUAUAAACAACAACGAGGUCCUCCAAAGAUUAAAAAUAAAACUCCUGCGCCAAUUCAAAUUACAGCCGAGCAAAUUCUUCGUGAGGCCAAGGAACGUCAAGAAGCCGCCAGGAAAGAACCACGCCAAAAGAUCUCUGACCUAGAAGAAUUAUCCGAGUACCGCCUACGUAAGCGAAAAGAAUUCGAGGAUUCCAUAAGAAGGAACAGAUUGAAUAUUGGAAGCUGGCUGAAAUAUGCGGCAUGGGAAGAAAGUCAAAAGGAACUAAAUAGGUACAAAUACACGUAUAUGGAAGAGAUGCUGGGUAAUGUUGCGGGAUCUCGGCAGAUAUUUGAGCGUUGGAUGCAAUGGGAACCGGAUGAAUCAGCGUGGAAUGCCUAUAUAAAGAUGGAAAGAAGGUAUAAUGAGACUGAUAGGGCGAGAGCAAUUUAUGAGAGAUUCGUUAGCGUUCACCCAGAGCCGAAAAAUUGGCUUAAAUGGGUCAAAUUUGAGGAGGAGCAGCAUAAUUUAGAAAAAUGCAGAGAAAUAUAUAGUCGUGCAAUUGAGGCUUUAGGUGAAGAUCACAUAGAACAGAAGAUCUUCAUCUCUUUUGCGAAAUUUGAAACCAAGUUAAAAGAGGUAUGUUGUCAAGCUCGAAUUAUUUUUAAAUACGCUUUGGAAAAAUUACCGCGCUCAAAAUCAGAGUCGCUUUAUAAUGCGUACACUCAAUUCGAGAAACAAUACGGUGACAAAGAAGGAAUAGAGGACGUCGUUGUCGGGAAACGAAGAGUUCAAUAUGAUGAAGAAUUGAAGGCAAAUCCAAAGAACUAUGAUGUAUGGUUCGACUAUGCACGGCUGGAAGAAAGUGUAGGCGAUACUUUGAAAGUUCGAGAAAUUUAUGAGCGCGCGAUUUCACAAGUACCUCCGACCCAGGAAAAAAGAUUUUGGAGGCGAUACAUUUACUUGUGGAUAAAUUAUGCGCUUUACGAAGAACUUGAGACAAUGAAGAUGUUGGGCGAUUACGAUCGUUGUAGAGCUAUUUUUGAGCUUGCGGUGGAUCAACCAAUUUUAGACAUGCCGGAGCUAUUAUGGAAGGCAUACAUUGAUUUCGAAUUUUCCGAGGAGGAGUUCGAAAAGACGCGUCAAUUGUAUAAGAGAUUGCUAGAAAAGACUGGUCAUGUUAAAGUGUGGAUUAGUUUCGCACAGUUCGAAUUGAAUGCUGAUGGAGGUGAUCGUGAAGAUGCAGUGGAACGUUCGCGGAACAUAUUCGAGACAGCUUACAAGAGUAUGAAGGAGAAGGGACUUAAGGAAGAGCGCGUCCUCCUCCUUGAAUCAUGGAAGGACUUCGAGAGUAAUAAUGGCACACACGAGACAUUAUCCAAUGUAGAAAGUAAAUUACCUAAAGUUGUUAAAAAACGAAGAAAGUUGGAAGAGGCUGAAGGACAAGCGGGCGUUACAUGGGAGGAAUACUUUGACUAUAUUUUCCCUGAUGAUCAGGCGCAACAACCUAAUUUCAAACUAUUGGAACGUGCUUAUGCAUGGCGACAACAGAAACUUCAGCAGCAGAAUACUGAUAAACUCGAACAACCACAGCAACAAAAUAACGUAAGAUCCGAAACAUUUUCCGCGCAACAAAGGGAAUCCCCACGUGAUUACAGUUAUUAUUUUGAAAAUAAGAAAAGACGUAUGGAAUUCGGGACCUCGUUAAACUCUUACCAAUACACUAGAUAUUUUAAUAAAAAAAUGCUGUCGGUUGAAUGCCGACCGUAUAAAAAUGAAAGAUUUUCGCAACUUGACAACUUUUUGAAAUUUAAAAACUCUUCCAAGAUGGCUAUGGCAGCUUCGGCAAAAAACCGGAACGCCCGGUUACCACCAGAGGUAAAUCGUGUGUUGUUUGUCAGAAAUCUUCCCUUUAAUAUUACCUCGGAAGAAAUGUAUGACAUCUUUGGAAAGUAUGGCGCUAUAAGGCAGAUUCGACUGGGAUGCGAAAAAGACACACGCGGAACGGCUUUUGUUGUUUACGAAGAUAUAUUCGAUGCGAAAGCUGCGUGUGAUCACCUUAACGGGUUCAACGUUAUGGGCAGGUAUCUUAUAGUACUAUACUAUCAGCCUAAUAAGAUUACGAAAAAGAUGAAUCUGCAAAAGAAAGAGGAAGAGUUGAAGGAGUUGAAAAGGUAA